AGCUUGCAGGAAUUGGGGUUGGAAAUCAGGAAGCUGUGACGUUGGGUGGGUCUCGUGCCCACAGAAAGGCGAGUCCUGCUGUGAGGCUGCAGCUCCCCAGCCCCAGAGCUGGGGCUCAGUCCCCCAUCUGGCAGCAGCAGUGUCCCCUCCCAGGAGCUGGGGGACGAGAGCAGCAGGGAAGUGCCUGACCCCUGAGUUGCUGCAUCCCAGCCUGCCUGUUUGCUGCCCUCCCUGCCUGAUGGAGCCAGUGCUGGCAGAGGACCCUCCUCGAGGUGACGGGCUGAGCCUGGUGCAGGACCACUAGUGGGACGUGGACAGAGGCACGUGGCACCCCGGGAAGGACGAUGGCUCAGGGCACCGGGAGCAUCAACAGCGACUACAAGGACUGGGAGUGGAGCGACGAUGCCGGGGAACGGGCCAGGCUCCUGCAGAGCCCCAGCGUGGAGACGCUGCCCAAGAGCGCCGAGAGCCCCGGGAACGGGCCGGGGGCCACGUCGGCCCUGGGAGCCGUGUUCAUCGUGGUCAAUGCUGCCCUGGGCGCUGGGCUGCUCAACUUCCCCGCUGCCUUCAGCAUGGCCGGCGGCGUGGCUGCCGGUGUCACCCUGCAGAUGUGCAUGUUGAUCUUCAUCAUCGGCGGUCUGGUCAUCCUGGCGUACUGCUCUCAGGCCAGCAACGAGCGCACCUACCAGGAGGUUGUGUGGGCUGUCUGUGGGAAGGUGCCCGGUGUGCUGUGCGAGGUGGCCAUCGCCGUCUACACCUUCGGCACCUGCAUCGCCUUCCUCAUCAUCAUCGGAGACCAGCAGGACAAGAUCAUUGCUGCUCUGGUGAAGGAGCCCGAGGAAGCCGGGAGCGGCCACUGGUACACAGACCGCAAGUUCACCAUCAGCAUCACCGCCUUCCUCCUCAUCCUGCCCCUCUCCAUCCCCAAGGAGAUCGGCUUCCAAAAAUAUGCCAGCUCCCUCAGCGUGAUCGGCACCUGGUACGUCACGGCCGUCAUUAUCAUCAAGUACAUCUGGCCUGACAAGGAGCUGGUGCCUGUGGAGAUCCCCACCAGCCCCUCCACCUGGACAGCUGUCUUCAAUGCCAUGCCCACCAUCUGCUUUGGGUUCCAGUGCCACAUGAGCAGCGUGCCCGUGUUUAACAGCAUGAAGCAGCCGGAGGUGAAGACCUGGGGGGCAGUGGUGACAGUAGCCAUGGUGAUCGCUCUCUUUGUCUACACAGGCACUGGUGUCUGUGGCUUCCUAACCUUCGGAGCUGGGGUGGACCAGGACGUGUUGAUGUCCUACCCCUCCAACGACAUCCCUGUUGCCCUGGCCCGGGCCUUCAUCAUCCUCUGCGUGCUGACAUCCUACCCCAUCCUGCACUUCUGCGGCCGGGCUGUCUUGGAGGGGCUCUGGCUCCGCUACACCGGGGUGACCGUGGAAGAGGACGUGGUGCGGGAGCGGAGGAGGCGCCUGCUGCAGACCAUCAGCUGGUUCCUGCUGACCCUCCUCCUGGCUCUCUUCAUCCCCGACAUCGGCAAAGUCAUCUCCGUCAUCGGGGGCUUGGCUGCCUGCUUCAUCUUCGUCUUCCCAGGGCUCUGUCUGAUUCAAGCCAAGCUCUCCGAGAUCCAAGAAACCAGGGCACUCAGCUGGUGGGCCCAGGUCAGCUACGGGGUGUUCAUGGUCACCCUGGGAGCCUUCAUCUUCGGACAGACCACUGCCAACGCCAUCUUCCUGGACCUCACUGCCUGACUGCUGCAGGCUGCAUUGCACUGCUGCUGCUCAGGGGACCCAGAUUCCCCCUAGGACCAAAGGGAAGCGGGAAGAAAACGUGUUGGCAUGUUGGGAAGAUCCAAGAGGAGCGCUGUAAC